CGUUAUAUCCACAAAUCAUAAAAACUUGGUCAACUUUCAUGACAAAACACUCAGGAACUUAUAAAACCAAUUUGAAGCCAUGAGUGAAGAUCCUUUCAAUAGGAAGAGGAGCACCUCUACUCUGGCAAAUACCAUCAGUUUCACUCAUACCAGGGGUGGUGGUGAAGAGGACCGUCAACAAUCAAAUAAACCAACAUCGCCAUUUGGAUAUCUGAAUAGAAAUGGUUCAUCAUCUACGAUCCACUCCAUCACUCAUACCCUUUCAAAUGUCGGUUUCAACUCUGUCAAUCCUUCAAUUCACAGUCCUGAAUCAUCCACAAAUAGUGUGACUUCUCCUACUCAGGGGAAAAGAGAAAAUGCAUUGACACGAGCAAAGCUGUUUGCAAGAAAUAAAACAAAAGAACUGAAGAAAACCAGGGAUACAGAUAGGCCACAUCAUAGCCAUCAUCAUCAUAAUUUUUUAAAGAUCAAUAGUCAUCAUGGUCUCUCGUCAUCCUCAUCAAAUUCAAAAGUUUUGGAUUCAGGUAGCACGCUGUAUUCAUUUGAUCCUUCAAAUAUAAUAGAUAAUGAUGUGAUGAAACAUGUUGUAUCUGAUGCUAACCUGAAGGGACUUUCAUUUGAAGAGAAGGAUCAAAUUGCUGAUAAUUUAUGGACCACUAUAACGUCUACUGUUCUGCCCUUGUUCAAAUUAGAAAAUUCAUCAUCUCUGAAAUUGAAAACUCCAAUUGAAGAUGUAAACAAAAUGGUUGAAGUUUUCCUCAGGUUAAGAAUUGAAAACAAAACAACUGCAACCUCGUUGAUUAGUGAAGUGCAAGAACUUUUGAAGAAUGGUUUAAACAUUAUGGAGAAUGAAUUGACGUUUAAUGAGAAUUCUGAUCAAGGUUCUCCGUUUCAUAGGCUGGCCAUAACAUGGGAAUACUUUUUUGCUAACGUUUAUCAUUAUUUAUUGGCAAUUUUCUUACCACUUCAACUUGAGUUUGAAGGGAUAGGUCCAAUUGUUAAAAAUGCCAAAGAAUAUUGGAGCGAUAUUUCAGAACCAUCAGUGACUCAGUCCACUAAAAAAGUUAUUUUAUCAGCUUUCAGAGACUAUGUUGUGAUUCCAUAUUUUGAUACUGAACUGAGUGUACAGGAUGUUGAAGAUUCAGAAAGAAGAACAUUAGUCCAAUGCUUUGGUAUUUUACAAUCUAUUCAUUCUGCAAAUUAUAACCAAAGAAUUAUUGAACAUCUAUCAUCCAUUUUACAACAAAAUCUUGCCCCACUGAAAGUGCAGUAACUAAUCACGUGAAAGCAGUUUAUACAACAAUUUAACGACGCUUAUGAUACCUCCAACGCCAAAUUGUAGAUUCAGUUUCUCUGUAUAACAGAAUCCAUUUUGAGCCGCGCAACAUUGUUUCGCGAAUUUUCCUAGAUUUUUUUUUUCUUCAAUUUGGUGAAAAAUGAAAAUAUGGAAAUUGAAAUCGACAUUAGAACUUGAU